AUGGGUGACCGCUCUCCAUUUGCAUUUCUUUGCAUUUUGCUCCUUUUCUUUGGAGCUUGUUUUGCUUCUAUUCAAGAUCAAGUGAGGGAUAGAAUCACAAAUUUGCCAGGACAGCCAAAUGUGGGGUUUGCGCAGUACUCUGGUUAUGUGACGGUGAAUAAGAAAGCUGGUAGAGCAUUGUUUUACUGGUUGAUUGAAUCCCCAAAAAACCGUGGACCUGAGUCUAGACCGCUGGUGUUGUGGCUCAAUGGUGGUCCAGGUUGUUCUUCUGUUGCUUAUGGAGCAGCUGAAGAGAUUGGACCUUUUCGCAUUAGACCUGAUGGGAAGACCCUUUACUUGAAUCCCUAUACUUGGAACAAUUUGGCAAAUUUGCUGUUCCUUGAAUCUCCAGCUGGUGUUGGCUUUUCAUACUCGAAUACGACCACAGAUUUGUACACAAACGGAGACCAGAGAACAGCUGAAGAUGCAUAUGCAUUUCUAGUCAAUUGGUUUGAAAGGUUCCCACAGUACAAGCACCGAGAUUUCUACAUUGCUGGAGAAAGUUACGCAGGUCACUAUAUUCCUCAGUUGUCUCAAUUGGUUUAUGAGAGAAACAAGGGAAUUCAGAAUCCAGUUAUAAAUUUUAAGGGAUUUUUGGUGGGAAAUGCUGUGACUGAUGAUUACCAUGAUUAUGUUGGCACAUUUCAAUAUUGGUGGACCCAUGGUUUAAUUUCUGAUUCUACCUAUCGGAUGCUACGAGUAACCUGUGACUUUGGAUCCUCUCAGCAUCCAUCAGUAGAAUGUAUGAGAGCCCUUAAAAUAGCAGAAAUGGAGCAGGGAAACAUUGAUCCAUACAGCAUUUUUACCCGUCCUUGCAAUAGCACUGAGUCACUAAAGCACAACUUGAGGGGUCAUUACCCAUGGAUGUCCAGAGCAUAUGAUCCCUGCACUGAGAGGUAUUCUGAAGUGUACUUCAACCAUCCAGAAGUUCAAAGGGCAUUCCAUGCCAAUGUAACUGGAAUUUCUUAUCCAUGGCAAACAUGCAGUGAUAUAGUUGGAACCUACUGGACGGAUUCUUCACUGUCUAUGCUUCCUAUUUAUCGAGAGCUCAUUGCUGCUGGUCUUAGGAUAUGGGUAUACAGUGGAGACACUGAUGCAGUGGUUCCUGUGACUGCGACUCGCUACUCCAUAGAUGCCCUGAAGCUACCAACAAUUACCAACUGGUCCCCGUGGUAUGACAACGGCAAGGUUGGUGGCUGGAACCAAAUAUACAAGGGGCUGACAUUUGUGACCGUGACCGGAGCUGGGCAUGAGGUUCCGCUCCAUCGACCUCGCCAGGCUUUUAUUGUUUUCAGAUCAUUUUUGGAAGGCAAGCCCAUGGAAAGUUAG